CCGUGGGACCUAAGCACUUUGUGUAUUUAAUCUUGCCUUUUAAAAGGGGCUGCGAUGAACAAUGAUAGGUCCGGUGCACGCCUGUCUUCCUAUGCUUCUAGGCAGCAUGCUGCUGCCUGCAUAUCAUGCUCCAUAUCUGGGGGCUGACAGUGGCGCGCUCAGCCGCGUGCGCCGAGAUACCAUGCAACCCCCAGGUCAAAACCUGGGUUUGGUGUGGGGUCAGAGCUUUACAUUCUUAAAAUCUGUUAUCCUCUUCAGCUUUUGCCCCCAGUCAAUAUGUGCCGUAAGCUGCCCAGGAAAUUUGUAACUCCUCUUUUCUGAGUUUUUGAUCGUCUUUUCUUGCAUUCCGUCUUCUUCGCUACGUCAAGUUCUUUGGGAGAGACACAAACCACCACCGUCUCACGUCUCAGCGAUGAGAACCAAUUUCACAGACUGCAAAAUUGGCUUCCUCUCCACGCCAGAGAAAAACAUACCUUGGAGAUAUGAGGGUCCAAUCCAUGGCUUAAGCCAUAACGUGAAUAGAAGCGAGAUUAUUUCACUCGAAGGAUGUCUUCAGCUCUGCGGCCACGG